AUGAACAACCCAGAGAAGGUUGGUUCCAUGGUGUUUGGCCAUGUGCAAGGAGAUGCUGGACGCCCUGCUCAGUGUCCUGGCCCCGAGCCCCGCGCCCCAGGCCCCAGGCUAUACGGCUGCCCGCAGAGGCGCCGAAAAAAGCUGAGCUUGCUCCUACCCGUGUGUGCCUGGCGCGCAGCCCCUCUCCCAAGACUUUACUGCGGGAGUGCCCAGCGCCAGAGAAACAACAUACAGCCAACCUGGAGAGCACUUCCGGUCUUCACUGCGCAGACAGGAAAUGCUCUCGAAGGCGCGCCCGCGGCCGCAGAGAACGACGGGAAGCGCGGCGGCGCAAGCGCGUUGUUCUUCUCCGUUGAGACGGUUCCGCGGCGGCGCAGGAGCACACAGGCAAUCCUCACCUCUGCAAAGCAGCCUGAACACCUUGAAUUGAGUAGGAUAAUGGAAGAAUCUGAUGAUGAUUUCAAAGAACUCUGUGCCAGCUUUUUCCAAAGGGUGAAAAAGAAUGGAGCCCAGGAACUGUUGGGGAAAAGGAAGAAGCUAAAAACCUCUGACAGCACUCAGAAAAGAAGUACAUUAAAAAAGCCCAAACAGACUACUGCUAAGGGCAAAACCCUUCCAGGCCCAGUGGAGAGGAAACUGAGGCCAGGCAGCCAGACCUCAAGGGCUAAAAAUCAGCAGACCACCAAAUUACAUGAUUGGAAAUCAGCUGCUUUCACUGUUAACAGGGCGGGUCCUCUGACUAGCCCUACUUCAAAUCAGCCUGCCAUUUGCAACAACGAUGUGCAGAACACCCAGACAGAAGGUCCUUCUAGCAACGAUGUCCCACCUGCUGCUUCUAUGAUACCCAGUCCCUCCAAGCUGCGGACAGCAGAGCUGGUCGUCCAGCGAAUGCAGCAGUUCAAGAGAGCCGACCCUACACGUCUGAAGCAUUCUUCUGGAGCCUACUCACCUAAGGCUGCGGUUUCAGAAAACACCCCAGAGGACCCUCCUGAGGAGAUGGUGGUGGGCAACGGCUGUGGGCCUGGGUCCCCUGCCACAGAUAGUGAUGCGGCAGUGGCUUCAGCCCUGCAGCAGGAGCUGGGGCAGGAACGAGUGGCUACCCGUGAAGAGGACCUGGAGGAGAAGGGGUGGUUUUUCUGCCAGAUCUGUCAGAAGAACCUGUCUGCCAUGAAUGUAAUGCGGAGAGAACAGCACGUGAACAGGUGCUUGGAUGAGGGUGAGAAGGCACUGGAACCCCCUGCCCCUCCGAUCCCUGAGUGCCCCAUCUGUGGGAAGCUGUUCCUCACCUCCAAGAGCAGGAGUGCUCACCUGAAGCAGUGUGCCCUGAAGAUGGAGGUGGGCCCCCGGCUUCUGCUGCAGGCAGUGCGGCUGCAGACUGCACAGGAUGAGGGAGGCCCUAGCCCUCUGGUGUCUACAUUGUCAGACCAUCAGGUUGGGACUCCAAAACGGAAAGGAGCCCCCACCAAGAAGGAGACCCAGAAAAGGCAGAAGGUCAUCCAGCCUGAGGCGCUUUCGGAGGACAUGCUGGUGGCCAUGGCUCUGUCCCACUCAGAAGUGGAGCAGUGUGGCACUGUGCCGACCCUCAAACUGGAGAGUGCUUUUUCUGAGAGGAUAAAACUGGGAGCAAAGAAGAAGAGUCGCAAGAAGAAACUACCUGCUUCUCUGCCCCCACUGUUAGUCCAGGACACCGAGGCCACGUGGCGACAGACAGAGGAUCACGUGGCUAUACUCUUAGCUGAGGAAGUAGAGUUCUCCAGCACGCCACCACUGCCCUCAAGCCGGAUCCUCAAGAAGGAGUUGGUGCCUGAGGGGAGACAGAAAUGUCUGUGGGAGGGCAGCACCCUGUUUGGAAGCUGGGCCCCAGAGGCCUUCUACACGGCAAGCCUGGUGCCAAUCCUUUUGCCUCAGCAACUUGCCCAGGGUCCCACAAAGGAGCCGACAUCGUCUUUAAUGCCACUUGACCAGCUAGUGUCGGGUGUGUGUGUACCCCCUAUCCACCACAGUCCCUCACACAAGGACUGCUGUCCCAGAGGGCACCAGGCAGAGCCCAGCCCCAGGAAGGAACUGCCUUCUUCCAGCCAAAGGGAGCGCCAGGCCCUACAGGACCUUGUGGACCUGGCCCGAGAGGGGUUGGGGCCCAGCACUAGGGGCCUGGCAAGCUGGGGCAAGGAAGCAGCUCCCUCUCCCAUCACAGAUCUGGUGCCCAGCAGCUUCCCUUUGUCGGGGUUUGUUCUGCCACCCAAGGAGGAGCACCUUGAGGACAGUGGCGCCUCGCUUGUCUCCCUUGGCCUGCUGGUCUCCGAUUUCGGUGCCAUGGUCAAUAAUCCUCACCUGAGUGAUGUCCAGUUCCAAGUGGACAGCGGGGAGGUGCUUUAUGCCCAUAAAUUUGUGCUUUAUGCGCGGUGUCCGCUUCUCAUCCAGCACGUAAACAGUGAAGGCUUCUUUGCGGUGGAAGAUGGAGACAUGAGGGUCCAGCGUGUCCUGCUGAGUGACGUUAGCACACAGGUGGUUCACGCCUUCCUGCAUUAUCUCUACACUGCGGAUGCCAGCCUGAACUCCCGUCUGACCCCUGACCUGCGCUCCCUCGCCCUCAGGUUUGGUGUGAACGCACUCGUCCAUCUGUGUGACCAGGCUCUGCUCAAGCUGGACACGGAGGAGGAGGAAGAGGAGCACUAUGAUAGCAGAGCUGACAGCUUCCAAGAGCUGCUGCGGACUGUGUGGGCAGAUGAAGGGGAGGUAGAGACCCCCCUGAGAGCUGAGGGCCACAGGGAGGACAGAGAACAAGUGGACGAUGAUGAAAUGGAAGAGAUCUACGAGUUCGCUGCUACUCAGAGGAAGCUCCUCCAGGAGGAAAAACUGACUAAGGGGGCCACAGCUACUGAACAGCCCAGGGAGGACUGUCUAGCUCCUGGGUGUGUCAGAGCAAGUGUCCUGGUCCACACAUCCCUGGAAACUAUAGGAAAUGGGCAAAGGAGUGAGGAGGCCCCAACCAGAUGGACCAGUGUGGGGCAGCCUGGUUCCCUGUCCCCCCAGGGCCAGUGUCCCCACAGUGAGGUGGCUACAAGGAAAAUUCCAAACCAUUCCAGCUUUGUGAGCCCCACUGAUGAGUCCUGGGCACAGAGGAGGAUAGGUUGCCUUCCGUGCCCCAUUGAUGGUCACAAACAGCUUUUCUCAUCACCCCAAGAAUAUAGUGAGCCCCACCGGAUAACAGAUGGCCAAAAGGAGCAGAAGAAGGUGGUAGAGGAGACCUCCCCCAGGCGACCAGGCCCCACCAUGGCACAUUCCCCUCAGCGAGGGAGUCCCUCCUGGUCCUGCCCACAUCCUUUCCACACAGAUGACAGACCCCUGUCAACACCCCACUCGUGCAGUGCCACUUUCAGGGCAGUCUGCCAGGACUCACUGUCCCCAGACUUGCCGUCCAGGUGGAGGAAGGACAUUGGUGUCCCCACACUGCUCACAGACCCAGGCCACCAGGAGGGCAAAGAAGUUGGCUCCACAUGGGCAUGCAGGAGUAAUAGGGUCCCUGUGUCCCCAGAAAAGUCCCUGUCCAUCGACCUCACCCAGCCAGACUCUGGCCACUUGUACCCUGGACCACCUCCCUCUCUACCCAUCUCGAGGAGGGAUGAUGAGGUCAUCCUCUUACUGGAUUCAGAUGAAGAGCUGGAGCUACAACAGUCCCGAGUGAAGCCCCCUCCUGACACUCCUGCCAAGGAAAGUCAAGUGCUAGAAGCCAGCCCCCGGUCCGUGGAGCUGUUCUCUGUCAUUGACAUUGAUGCAGAUCUGGAAAUUUCUCCCACCCCACUGAGCCAGACACAAGGCAGGCUGUUGGAGUGCCUGAGCUCUCCGCGUAGCAAAAGGCAGCUCCGGCUGUUCUGUGAUGGACCAAGUAGCCCUGAGCAGGAAAACACCACAGACACAUCAUGGCUGGUGCCUGCAACCCCACUGGCCAGCAGAAGCCACCAUGGCUCAUCCCAGGGCCGGACCUCUAGGCCUCUGAUGCACAAAAGUAGCCACUUGGAACCCAGAGUCGUGUCAGAACAUGAGGAGGCCAGUGGAGUCACCAACAUAUUGCCGGUCAUCGUACCCCAGACAGCACCCCCACUCCUGCUGCCCACUUCCCCAUGGAGCUCAGGGGGAGAGAGGUGGGCCUCCAGGACCCUGUCCACUCCACAGCCCAGGCAGGGGCAAGACUCCUCUCCUGGGGCUCCCUGUCCUCGCCAGCUGACUCUGGCCACUGCUGAGGAUGUGGUAGAAGUUGAGGACAGUGAUGAUGAGCUGGGGGUGGCCCCUCACCAGGCAGACAGCAGCCCUUUGCCAUCUGGGGAGCCCUCCAUCCCUGUGGAUGAGUGCUGUUGGAGUAUUGAGCCCCUCUCGCCCAUUCCCAUCGACCACCUAAACCUUGAGCGAACUGGUCCCCUGAGUACCAGCAGCCCUAGCAACAGGGCCAGGGAGGCCACAGACAGCCCAGCCUGUGGUUCCUCAGGCCUCUUGGCCACCACCCCCAUCCGAGGGAGCUGUCCUGACCACAGGGAGUCCCAGGAGCAGUCCCCCCGAGCUGGCUCCCCAAGGAGCAGUAGGCUGAGCUUGCUGAACUCGGCCCUGUGGGAUGACUGGGAUGGAGAAGACAAGUCGCUCGAGGUCCCUCCUCUGGCCCAGAGACUCGGCAUUAAGCGAGCUAGGCAGCCAGGCAGCUGCGAGACCCCAAAAGGCGUUUAUCAGAAGAAGAACUUGCCCCCGAAAGUGCCCAUCACCCCGAUGCCACGAUAUUCCAUCCUGGAGACUCCAGUACUGAAGAAAGAGCUGGAUCGGUUUGGAGUCCGCCCACUGCCCAAGCGCCAGAUGGUCCUGAAGCUGAAGGAGAUAUUCCAGUACACUCACCAGACCCUGGACUCGGACUCGGAGGACGAAAUCCUUUCCUCACAGGUACCCCCAGCCCACACUACCCUGGACAUCCGGACUUCAAGAGCAGGUGGCCAGCCCCCAGCACAGGCCACUGCUGGCCCCAGUCACCAAAGGCACAAAGAACCCACUGGGAUGAAGGGGGUCAAGAGUCCCCGGUGUAAAAGGAGACAGCCAGAGGCCAGCCCCCAACCACAGCACAUGUCACCACCCACGGAGGGGCCUGCGUGCUCUGAUGGGGACAACUGGCUCCCAGCUUCCCAGGAGUCUGCGGUCACCUCCAUGGACAGCAAUGAUGGCUCCGUUGGUUCCCAGAGCUCUUCCUGCCAGGAGUUUGAGUUCGGGGCAGCCCUUGAGUCUGAAGGCGACAAUGGUGAGGAGGGAGUCACCAGCUCACAGGCAGCAGCCAAAGUGGCCGACACAGAAGCAGCAGUGUGGCGCUUCAUUCGUUCACAGCCAGCACUGUACCGCAGGGUCCUGCUGUACCAGCCUCUGGAGCUGGCGGAGCUGCGCACAGAACUGCGUGGACAUGGCAUCCACAUGGCUGCAGGCCGGCUCCUGGACUUCCUGGAUGCCCAGUGUGUCACCUUCACCACCAGCGCUGCCAGAAAGGAGCAGCUGGGCAGGCAGUGCCGGCGACCUAGGGGCAGGAAGAGACGUGGGCAGGAAUGA